AUGCACUGGCGACGACCCGACCUGCCGUCACAAGUGCGCCAAGUCUUGGAUGUGAAAUGCAUCAAGGCUGCGGCACCUGCAAUCUCUAGUGCACAGACACUGUGUGUGGACACAAGAUUUCAUUGGACUGUGCAUGCCUUAGCUGAGCUUCUCUGUUGCUUGCUUCAAAGUGAGUACCUCGAGGAGUUGGAGUUGACGCUUCCUCAUUCUAAUCUUGAAGAAGAGGGAACCUUCGGAUAUGACAUGAGCAAUUCUCUCCAGCCCCUCUUUGCAAGAGCACAGAUCAGGAAGCUCGAAAUUCGUCACCACUCGAUACUUGGGAACUCUCUCAAGUUUCUAAAUAUGUUGGAAGAUCCUAGCUAUGGGGUGGCGCAAAUGCCCAAACUGGAAGAAUUGAUGUUUGAAUUAGGUGGCGGCCAAUGUCUGCAACAGAUUUUUUCUAUGGUUUGUGAGCUCCUGGGGCGGAACAAAUCGACGCUUCGAAGCUUGUCACUGACACAUGAUGCACCUCAUUUGGAUCCCACAAAUGCCAAAGGAGAUCUGAGUCCAGUCUUGGAGGCGUUGGCCCAAAACAUGGUGCUCCAAAAGUUUGAAUACUGUCAAAACAAACCCUCAGGGGGCUACAUGUACGAACCCGUAGAUUACCCGGAGCGGGAGGCCUACGAAGCACAUGUACUGAAGGUACUCCAAACCAACAUGGUGCUGACAGAUGUAUCGCUGAGGGGUAGACGGCGCCAACCCGCAAACGAUGGCGUUCAGUACCAUUGUGAUUUGAACCAAUGUGGCAGGAAGAAGGUGGUUGACAAGUCUGCCACAUUGUCAGAUCUUGUCAAGUCGCUGACUGGUGAUCACUGGCAGUACAUCGACAAUGAAAGUAAAACAUGGCCCUUGGGGCUUGUUUUUGGGCUUCUUCGAGCAUCUCCUGCUUUAUGGAGAGCACAGUGA